AUGCUUUUGCUACUGCCUACUAUCACAGAAGCUGGUUUCUUCAUGCAAAUUUUUGCGGAUGCUGGAUUGGAAGUCACUUGUCCAUCUGGAAAUCUCGUUUAUAUCCACCCUAUAUCGGAAGAUCUGCAACAAUGCGAUCAGCAAAUUGGGAAUUAUAAUGAAUCUACUUGUCCAGGAGGAACCGCAUGUGAACGAUUUCCAGUACUUGUACCUGGUUUUCAGGAUUACUGCUGCUGGAUAAACAAAACCGACAGCGAAGCCGUCGAAAGCGCUUCUCCGUCUACUAAGGAAUCGCCAUCGUUCAGUAGACGGGGAACUGCUGAUAGAGGAGUGGUGGAAGCAAUUAUUGAACGACCUGAGUCACAGGAAUCUGGCGAGAAAGAAGAAGAGUUGGAAGAGGUCAGCACGGUUAAAACACGAGCACGGGUGCGUACAACCACGCCUUUGCCGGAAGACGAAGACAGUGAGUUUGGGGAA